AGCUAGUGAAGAACACAGUGGUCAAAUGGAUCAAUAUCAAUGGAGUUUGUUGGCUUCUAUUGGCUCCAUUCAGAAAUUAUUCUCAAUGGAGCAAUGGAACAAUGUCAAUGGAGUUGUUCUCCAUUUGUCCCAAUGGAUAAAUGUGCCAACCCUGAUUAAAGG